AAAGGUUUCUAGGGCUCAUGGCUGUGGACCAAGGUUUGUUUCCAAUUGAUGUACAAGAUUGGCGACGUUUUGAACGUGGAACAACACUAGGCAAUGCAUGGAAACGAAUCAAGAGGACAAUUGAUUGGUCUGAUCCGGAAACUAAAAAGAAGGCACCCAAAAUAUGGGCCGUGGCUGAGCAGAAACUCAAUCAUCUUUGGAAGAAACACAAGGCCAAUCUAAAAAAGAAUUGGUAUGAUCCUUUUUUGAAUUCAGAGGAGCGAUGGAAUUGCAAUGAUGACAGGGUUAGCAAAGAACAGUGGAGGUUAUUGGUGAAAUAUUGGGAGACUGGUCCAGCGCAGAAACGAUCAAUCACAAAUAAAUGUAAUCGUGCGAAGUGCAGGAUGCACCACACAACAGGGACAAAAUCAUAUGCCCAAGUGAGGAACCAAUAUAAGGUGAAUCACAGGGGUGUCUCCCCUGACAGAUGCAAAAUGUUUGAACUGUGCCACCUAAGAAAGAAUGGAACACCUGUGAAUGAGACAGCUGCAAAAGCUAUGGAAUCAAUGAAUUCAAAGAUCAUUGAUAUUAGGAAUAAAAAGAAGCAAAACCAACUACCAGAUGAAGUAACAACAGAGGAAAUCAAUAUUGUAUAUGCUGAAGUGCUUGGAAGAGAGAAGGGUAAUCGGGUGAGAGGAUAUGGCAUAGGGUUGAGAAUUGAGGAUGUUUUGGGUGUGUUGAGAGAAAAAAGAGGUUUGAGGCUGGAGUUUGAUGAUAUGCGUGAGUCUUACGAAGAAAGAAUAGUGCAGGUUACAAAGGAUGCAAAUGAAAGGGAGGAGAGAAUUAAAAGGGAAAUGAGAGAGGAGGGGAGAGCCACAACGGAAAAAGUGAAACGUUUGGAGCAACUUUUAACGAAACAACAAGCCAUCAUGGAAAAGGUUUUAGCUAGUGCAAGCAAUGUUUCUAACAUUGAUUCUGAAUUGCUACUGGGACAUGUUUCAUCAAGCACUCUGCAAGUAGCACUUGGUUCUAAUAGAUUGGAAGAAAUUAUGACUGCAACCUUACAUUCACCUUACAUGCCAAGCCAAACAUUAAUUGAUCAAGAUGGUUAUAGACCAAUAAUAAGGGGGAUAGAAGAGGAGGAGCAUGCAAGGAAUGUAGGCCAUGUGUUCAAAGUUUGAAAAAUAUUGUUAGAGUUUAUGGUAUGUAGACCAUGGAGUACCAUUAUGCUUUUUGUUCACACCAUGCUUAUCAAUAUAUAUGUGUUUUGGUAUUAUGAACUUCAUAAUACCAAAAUACAUGUUAGUUUGGUAUUUUGAUCAUAACUGCUUCGU